UUGUUGAUUAUAUUAAGUUUUUAAGUAGAUCUACCACAACCUAUUAUCAUGUGCUCUGUCAGCUCUCAUUGAGACAUGCAGUUCGAUGUCCGACUGGUCAUUUUCUUUGGAAAUAUAUUGUAUAAUCAUGUAGCAGAUGCUCUAACAAAAUAUGCCUGCGUGAGUUUUAGCGGUUUUGGGGGUAAGUUAGGUGGUUAUGGAGGCGUAGUUGGCGGAGGUUGGGAUUUUGACGAUUUCAACAGUAAUUCGGCCUCAGCUUCGUCUGAAGAAUUCGGAAUGAGGUUUGCACCAUAUGCUGGUUACGGAACUCUCCAGCACGGAAUCGCCCCAGGAGUCGGAACACCUGCACAAGUCGGCGCAUCUGCACCUGGUAUGUCUCCUGGAACCUCCCCUCUUGCAGCGGGAGGGUUGUCUCCAAAGAAUACAGCGGGAAUGUCUUUCGGCCUACCGAACUCUGCCGCAAGCCUCGGAGGUGCUUCUCAUAUCACUGGACAGGGCUCCGGCGCUGCGGGAGCACCUGCUGGACAAAUGCCAUUUCAACCGGUGCCACCUGGAAAUCCUGGAGUGGUCUUGUCUGGAAGUCUUUCAUGCGCAGAUCGUCCACAGACAACCAUUUUGAUUACAAAACUGGUGUACGGUAAUGGUGGAAUAUACACCUGUUCCGCUCCCGAUGAAGAAUGUGAUGUUGUAGACUACCAGGAUCCGGAAAUCACGCCAUUUUGUGACGGCCAAGUUAGAUGUUUGAUAAGGACGACAGGGAAAAAAUUAAUCCCAUGUCAAACGACUAGUAAUUUUGUCCAUGUGGAGUACGAGUGUAUUUAUCCUUGGUCUUCUUUCAACAUCUGCAAAGACAUCAAAACGGUUGUUCGAGAACCGGAAGUAUAUGUUAUGUCCCCCAGCUUCUUCCGGGCAGAAUCCCCGCCAUCCAAAGUAUGCGAAUGCAUCUUGAAAGGUCGUUAUGACAACCGCAUUAUGGCUCAGUACGUUCAUACAGACAUAGAAGAAAUGGCGAAUCAUUCAUGCCCGGAGAGUUUUGUCUUGUUUGAGAGUAAACUGAGUCCAAAUCAGACCGAAUUGGAGAAAAAGACCGAAGUUUGUGGACGACGGUCUCUCAACAAUUACUUGUAUAAGGGUGAUCUCAGAAUUACUUUUAAGGACUCGGAUUCAGGAAAGAAGAGUGGAUUUGUUUCUAAAUUGCUUGUUCCACCUGUUGGUAUGGGCGUACAAGUGGAGAUUGCCUUGGAAUGCGGACCUGUACGAAUGGAAGGGGAGCCAACUCCUGAUCCAAACAGUAUUAACAGGAAUAAUUUCGGACCGAUGCCAUUUCCGGGACCGUUUGGACCAUAUUCCCCAUUAGGAACUCUCAAUUCCCAAUUUCAACAGUCUCCGAGAAUCCCAGCUCCUCCUGUUUUUGAAGGGGUUCAAACUAUGCAGACUUCGGGUUGGAGAGCCCCGUUUCCAGUCAUUAACACUGGUCCUAUGAAUUGGGGAAGACCUACCACAAACUGGGGUUCUCCUCAGUUCCAAUUUCCAAAGUUUUCUGCUGGUCCACAGAACACACAAUCUGCUUCCACCACCAGUAGUCCUCCCGCAGCUUGGUCCAGAAAUGAAAAACCACCAAUCCCUAGCAACAACAGACCAGCGCUGAUGACAGCAACGAGAAAACAACAGCCUCAGCCAAGACGAAAUCAAGGACAGGCUAACAGACGUCCAGUUCCACCAAAAAGAGCCCAAAGUCAACCAAACAGAGGUAAUAAUCAGGCAAGAAGGGGUCAAGGUCAACCAAACAGAGGUCCAAGUCAGCCACGAAGAGGUCCAGUACAGCCAAAGAGGGCAAGGAUUGAAAGUAGAAACACAGUACUAGAAACAAAAGACAGUGGUGUGGACGGAACAGGGCGAAUGGUUGGCUACGUCAUCGGUGGAGUUGGUGCCGCCAUGACGGCUUUCUGCGCUCUCUUCAUCUCUUUGUACUGCACAAGAAGAAGGAAGAGAGAAAUAGAAAGGAAAGCGUCACAAAGGUCAGAGGUCGAUCUUGCCGACUCAUCAUCAAGUAUAGAGGACACGCCUGUUUACAGGGUACCUUCUGCUGAGGACCACGUGCAUCCAUCAGCGCGUGCCAAUACAGGUCACGUGAAUCAAGCUUAUGAUGGAAAUGACGCGUCCUGUGACAAACUCAGCGUGAGGUCUGGGUCGUUUGAGAAUAUCCACCUGCAAGACGAUGACAAUUAUCUGUCAUUGGAUGAGAUAGAAGAGGCGAGAAAAAGGGAACGUGGAGACGAUGCUUCUCCUUCCUUAGAGUUGAGGAUCGACUCUAAGUAUUGUCAAAGUCGAGAGGUUGUCAGACGAUCUCAUUAUAUUGAGGGGUCUGUCUAUGAUAACAAUAUUUAGAUCUAAGAAAAUCCGAAAACUGAUGAUUUUACAUUUGUUUUUAAAUGUAAAUAAAUAUAUACAUAUAUAAACACA